AGGCAUUCACGGUGGCGACCUCGUGCGGACUUUAAAUGUACUGCAGCCUCCUUGGUAUUGUCAGCAAACGUGUGGAGUCGCAUGGAGAAGGUGUGGCAGUUUGUAAAGAUUUCCCGCGACGGUUCUCGCUAGCCGGUAUGUAAAGUGUUAUGCCGCGAGAGAGGAGACCACCCAAGCGCUACAGGCCAUCAUCUGAAAGUGAGGGAGAGGCGGAGGACAGCAGCAGCAAGAGUUCCACGCCACUCAGCCAGCCCAGCAGCCAGCCUAGUGGUUCUCCCAAACGGACCAAACCAGGGGAGAAGAAGAAGAAGGCCAUCCCGGGACCUGCGCCUGCACAACCUCAGGAGGCGUCACCAGUUUCAAACCCACCACCGGCUUCAGAAGCUACUCCCUCUCCUGAGUUGUACAGUGUACCACCCCCCACCCUCAUGGCACAGGACAUUAAAGUCCAGAAUCCUUUUGAUGAGUUUGAGCAGCAGCAUCCCCCUCCCCCUGCCCCCAACCCACACACCCUGAAGACCUUGAACCCGCCUGUUUCCAGAGACCCUAACAAGAUGGGCGGAGCCACCAAUGGGUUUGUGUCAGGCCCUGCCUACCCCUGUGGGAUCUGCAGGCAGGAAGUGAGCGACAAUGACGAGGCCAUCUUGUGCGAGGCUCACUGUAACCAGUGGUUCCACAGGGUGUGCACCGGGCUGACUGAAGCUGCCUACCACCUGCUAACAGCUGAACAGGCAGCAGAAUGGGCAUGUGAUAACUGCCUGAGAACUCAGAACAUACCACCAGUCCGAUUAAAGGACCAGCCACUGUCCAUGAUGUGAUCCUACCAUAAGUUUAUGUAUCUGUCACCAGAAGUUUAAGAAUCCUGAUUUUAAUCCUUUGAAUCUUCAGUAUUUUCAACAGAUGGCUCUAUGUUCUAGUAUGGUCAAGCAAGGAGGUUAUACGUAUACAUUGUUUUUUAGCCUCUUUGGGUCAAGAGUGUGAAGAUUCAUUUGGUAUUUUGUAGAGAGAUGAUCACAAACUGGUCAUUCCAGUAGAAGUUUAGUUCAUUCAUUUCUAUCCAUAUCCAAACAAAAGAGUAGUAUUGUAGAAAUUAUACCUAACCUCAUACUUGACAAUUAAAGAGCUUAGAAAAAGCCUGGUUUCAUUAAGUUGUAUUGUUGUACAAAAUAGGCUUAAAAAUAAAGUUAAUACCGAAAUGUUUGUUUUGUACAUACAUGUAUUUUAUUCAAGGUGCUGGUGCUCUCAAUGGUAAUAAAGUACAGCAGUUCUUGAUUACA